AUGCAGCUAUUAUCCAGUGCAUCCUGGGGAGUGCGCAGAGGGCCUUUGUCGGAUGGGCACUCGCAGGAGUUGCUCAACCGCACACCAAGCGUAAGAAGCUACGAUUCAUGCCAGACGCCGUGCAAGACUGACUGCAAGGAGAGCACCAAGAAUUCAAAGUCUGCCCAUCACACCCUGUUCCUGGUGCAGUUCUUGCAGCAACUGUCAUUUGCAGGAACCAUAGUUGAUUCAUACCAAAUCGGCAAGUUCUUCGAGGUAUCCCCUGCAUUUUCCGGCCUUUUGGUCGGCUUGUUCAUGACAGGCGGGGCUGUGGGAACGUCUUUCAUGACCUUGAUCCUGCAGGCAAGGCCCACCGCCUGGAAGAGCUUCCGCAGCAUCGUGCUUGGCUGCCAGCUCAUGGACACUGCUGGAGUUUUCCUCUACACCCUGCUCAUGAUUCUGGCAGCAGACGGGCAGCAGACGGGCCAUGGAUGGAUCUAUUGCCUCGCGAUGGUGCGCUUUGCUUGGGGCCUUGGGAGUGGUGUGACGGGACAGCUGGCUGCGGUGACCAUCACGAAGGUGACUCCUCCGCAUGAGAUCCCCGAAGAGAUGCAAAGCCUCCAGUUUUGGCAGAGCCUCGGCCUGGGGAUGGGGCCCUUCCUCGCCGGGCUCGCAGCUCUCACGCUCCCGCUCUCCUUGCAGGACGCAACGCAGUACAAGCUCUGCGCAGCUCCCGCGGCCCUUCUGAGCCUCCAGGUCGUCUCCCUCCUUCUUCUCUUCAGCGGCUUCGCCGGGCUCUGUCCCAGCUCUCUGGAAGAGUGGCAAGAGGCAGAAGGAAACGGAAAUUCCGCCGGGCCCGUGGCCUCCACAGCUCCUCCUCAACUGCACUCGGGAAGAGUCCAGAUGCUCUUCCUGGGCUCCUGCUUCCUCCUUUGCAGUUUGCGGGGCUAUGCGGUGGCUGGCGCGGAAGUCGGUACCACCAUGCUGCUGGAAGAGUCCUACGAAUGGAAUCGGCAUUCCAUUGGCUUCUUGGUGAGCGGAGCUUUCUUGGCAAGCAUACCUCUCCGAUCGGCAUACCUCCGCAACAAGAGCGUAUUCAGCACAGCCUCAUGGAUACGAAUCCUGGCCUUGAUUGCUAUGGCUGGCACGCUGCUUCUAUUCUCCCGGGUGGCCGAAGUGAUGCCACAUGGGGUCGCUCUUGUUCUCGCUGAUGCCAUCAUGUUCCCUGCCUUGUACUUGGGAGAGGGGUUGACCAGGGGCUUGAUGUUGCAGUUUGCCAAAGACAGUACCGUGCUUUCAGCCAACCAAGCGUCGUUCCUGGCCAUCGUCCUGAACAACUGCGCUCGCACGGUGGCACCCUGGCUCUCAAGAAAGCACAUCUCCACCGGUGCGCCUUCCCAAGGGCAAGAUCUGUUUGCCACUGGGCAGCUACUUUGCUGCGGCUUGUUCCUUGUCAUCUUCGAAUUCGGGAUCCAGCAAGUGUCGGAGGCGGGAGGAGCAGCACCAGCACCAGUCAUUGUCAUCGGCCUGCCGAGCUUGAACGAAGCUCACAACAUUGAGUCCGUCACCAAGGCGGUUGAUGCAGGCUGCCAUCAGCACUUCCCAAAGCACCGCUGCAUACUGGUCAAUGCAGACUGUCAAAGCUCUGACGGCACGCCCGACAUCUUUGCCCGGACCCCGACGCAUUGCCAGAAAGUUCUGCUGAGGACUGCCUUGCCAGCCCAGGGAAAAGGAGCAGCGCUCAGGCUGGUGUUCGAAUACAUGCUUCAGGUGGAUGACUGCACGCAUGGGCUUACCCUCGACACCGAUGUGACGAGCAUCACGCCAGACUGGAUCAAGAGCUUCAGUCUUGCACUGGCCGACCAUGACUUUGUUGCACCUCGCUACGCACGGCACCGCCUCGAUGGCUUCAUCACGAACCUGCUGAUCUACCCUUCCCUUUGUGCUGUCUUUGGCCGUGACGUGCGCCAGGGAAUCGGAGGUGACUUUGGCUUUAGUCGCCGUGCCGCCGAGGCUUUCUUGGCAGAAGAGUGGUCUCCGAGCAUUGAGAAGUAUGGCAUCGACAUCUUCAUGACCAGCACCGUGCUGAAGAAGGGCGGCCGUUUCAGUAUCGGAGAGGUGGAGCUCCCGGCGAAAGUCCACAGCCCGAGCCUGCCGAAGCUCAAGAGGAUGGUCCUGGAGGUGUUGGAGGUGCUCCUGCAACAGCUGAAGGGAGAACGCUUCUCACUUGAGAAGCUCCAGGCACUGCCUCGCAUCGUUCUCCCACCUCAGCUCCAGGAGCAGAAGAUCCCCGAGCUCCAGGCAUGGGAAGGGGUGGAUCCUGCGGUGCUGCUGAAUCUGGCGGAGCAAUGCUUCCAGGAGGACGAAGCCUGCAUCAUGGCGACCCUGGCGACCUUGGAGCACGCCCGGCGGGACGAAACGGAUUCCUUCAGCGCCGCCUUGGCCGAGAGGACCGUGGACAGCACCACCUGGGCGCAACUGCUGCACUCUGCCCUCACCACGGAGGCGGGCUUGGGCUCCUUGGAGACGCUGCGCUGCUUCUUCUUCCUCCGCGCAGCCUCGCACUGCAAAGACGUGCAAGCUCUCUCCAACUUCGAGGCCGAAAACCUGGUGAAGUCACAGAGGGAUCAGCUGGCACGCCUGGCACGCCGCGGCAUCUGCCAUCCAUAG